AUGCUUACGAACAAAGCGGCCGGCUCCUUCUACAUUUAUGGCGGGUGGGCCACAAGCAAGGACUCGGCAGACGACAGCCAGUUUUGGAAGUUCACUGCAGAUGGCAAAGGGGGCGGCGAUUGGGCCAAGGAAGCUAAAGCCAAUUCAGAUUUCUUCGCCGGCCUUCAGCGCAGCGAGGGCGCCGCGCAUGUAAGCACCAACGAGGCAGGGUUUAUAAUCGGUGGUGCAGUCGUGGACUCGAAGCCGAGCCAGAAUCUAGAGGCCAUCAGAGUGUUCAACUUCACCACGAAGACGUGGGAGGAGGAGAGAACCACUGCGUACUCCAAAACCGGCACACUCUGGGGUGGGUCAGCGACAUUUGUUGAGAAGUACGGCGGCAGCGGCAUAAUAGUCAUGUUGGGCGGCGUGGAAAGCGGCGCAAAGGCAAUGGCGGACCCUGGAAAUGUGUUUUUCUAUGACAUUGCCGAGAAGACGUGGCAUACUCAGGCAACAGUGGUGGCAACGAAUCACGAAGACGAGCCGAUACCUUGGAGCAAUGGAUGUGUCGUUGGCAUCGAAGACACAGGGGAUAAUGGUUCUUUUGAAAUUUUCGUUUUUGGCGGUGGGAAUAGGGAGCGAGACGAGGAAAUGGGCACCAUCCAUGCCCUAAGUCUGCCUGGCUUUGUUUGGACGAAGGUCAGCGACAACCUCAGCCACAUCGGUAAUAGGACUGACCACGCCUGUGUGACUCUUGGAAACAAUCAAUUCAUCUCAUUGGGCGGGCUGGAUUGGACAGGCAGUGACUCUCGCAACUGGGGCAUACAGGACAAGCUACCCCGAGGCAUCGGCAUUUUCAACAUGAAUAACCACUCAUGGCAGGAUUCAUACGAUGCAGAGGCACCCAAGUACGUCACCCACGAAAAGAUCAGGGCGUGGUAUAAAGAUGCGUGA